GCCUGCGGCAUUUUCACUUGAAACUUUAAUUAAUUAGAAAAUGCUGACCGAGGAUCUAGAUUUUUCUGAUGACACAAGACAGCACACGAAAGCUACGUAACCAAAAGUGUCCUGUUUAUAAGGUUACCGGUCGAAAACUUUCGCUUGCUAUCUUAACACCGCUCUACUUCCGGUAUCCGAGUAGAGAAAGGGGGAGAGGAGAUGUACGAAGUUAGCGUUCAAAAACUCUCUAUGAAUUGCAAAUAACAUGAUCAAAAAUUGAAUAAUUCAAAACUGGUAAAAUAUGCAGAAUGUGCGAAUUAAUUUAAUUGAACAGCAUUUUUAAAAUGUUUUCGUUACAGCUGGAAAAUGUUAAGAUUUCGUAGUGAUAUCUAUAUGGGUCAACUCGACAAAAGGUUGUACCAAUCCAUUCUUCAGCAAGUUUCAUUGAAAUGUAAAAAUGCCUCCACUCGAAAAUGGGGUCAAGUAACAAAAAACCUUUGUGCAAAUCAUUUGAAGAGGACAGAAAGAGGUCGAAGGCAUUUUUCUACUAAUAUCUCGACGAUCUCGAGAAGUUGGCGAGAACUUUCGCUGAUAUCCGGUCUCGACUGGACUUCCGGUAUUCACAGUAGGCAGACCGAGACCGUGCGUCAGUCUCCAACUAAUGUCGUGAUUCAACCUCGCUCCGUUUACGUCUCAUUGUAGCUCUCUCGGCUGAUGAUUAAGAAAAAAAGAAAGUUUACCACCUAACCUAACCCACACCUAACAAAGCACCGGCCACGAUCAAAAACGGAUCUAACCAGCAGAUGUCUGCUUUCCAUCGAGGUCAUCUUGAAAGUUUUCACAACUUUUUGCAAUUUCUGGAUACAUAGAACGAUGUUUAAGGAAAAAUCUGAUGCCAAUUGCCAGAUCAUUUUGAUGUUCCAUCCACCCUGUAGAAAGUGAAACACAAACAGGGGAUGAAACGUGGAACCUUCAAUCUUUAUCGAAACUCGUCGAUUCGAUUCUUCGGUGACGAGCGAAUCGACAAGACUGGCAAGGGUUUUUGGUGAAAGCUGACGACCCCGAGAGGGGAGAGUAUAUAGGCUGCGUUUCGUUUCUGGUGAGCUCACAACGAACUAACUCGUCGGCGUGUGUCGUCCGUUACGUUUCUAUUAAUCGACCUAUCGGCACCCGCGAUUCCCUUUCGUUCAUUUCUUUCGUCAGCCUUUGUGAACGACGUCGAAGAAAACCGAGCUGCGACCAUCGAAUCAUAAGUGCCAAGUGUGUGUGCCAAUAGGAUUAUAAUCCAGCUACCCUGUCGUCGAAGGAAGAAAAACGAAGAGAAAAAGCAGAGAGGACACUCGCAUGAUGGAGAGGACGCGGCGGAGUAUACGGAAGACAACUUUAAUCUUGUUGCUGCCUUUGCUAUUAGCUAGGGUAAAAUGCGAAGCUCCAUUGGUCGACAGCAGUGCGUUACCAUUGGAACACAGAUCGGUUUAUGGGCCACCGGCACAAUAUGGCCCACCAGCGACUCACGGGGCCGAAGAGAAUUGGCCACUGGCGUCUCCUGAUACUCCUCAGAUAAAACAUCUGCAAGUGCAAUGCGAGAAGACGCACAUGCGAGUGAACAUCGAAUUCGACAGGCCGUUCUACGGAAUGAUCUUCAGCAAAGGCUUCUAUUCGGACCCUCAUUGCGUUCAUUUGAAACCUGGCACGGGUCACUUAAGCGCGACGUUCGAGAUCUUCUUGAACUCUUGCGGCAUGAGCUCAUCGGCUAACCACAACGUGGCGGCUUAUGGGGCACCAACGCCGUCCGGUAGCUACGUGGAGAACACCAUAAUCGUUCAGUACGAUCCGUACGUGCAGGAAGUUUGGGAUCAGGCGAGGAAGUUGCGUUGUACCUGGUACGACUUCUACGAGAAGGCGGUCACCUUUAGGCCUUUCCAAGUGGACAUGCUCCACGCUGUUACCGCCAACUUCCUCGGCGACAAUCUUCAGUGCUGGAUGCAGAUCCAAGUGGGCAAAGGACCAUGGGCCAGUGAAGUGUCUGGUAUAGUUAAGAUCGGACAAACCAUGACCAUGGUUUUGGCUAUUAAAGACGACGAGAACAAGUUUGAUAUGUUGGUGAGGAACUGCGUAGCCCAUGAUGGCAAAAGAGCACCCAUUCAGCUGGUAGACCAGUACGGUUGCGUUGUCAGGCCGAAGAUUAUGUCCAGGUUCCAGAAGAUAAAGAACUUCGGACCAAGCGCGUCUGUUGUCAGUUUCGCCUACUUCCAGGCCUUCAAAUUCCCUGACAGCAUGAACGUUCACUUCCAAUGUGUCAUACAAGUGUGUCGUUACAAUUGUCCGGAACCGAAAUGUGGACAUCCUGGUCUAGAAUACGGCGCACCUGCCGCUGGUCUUACCCAGGAAUACGGUCCACCGGUGCAUCAGAAUCUUGGCCCGGAAUAUGGGGCACCACCAGUACCUGAAUACGGUAUACCACCCGGGUUUGCCGAUCCUCGACACCCAACUGGACCAGCUGGAGCGUACAGUGAACCAAACGCGGAUGUAGUACCAGCACCCCAAGCGCAAACCUCAUCCUCCUCUCCCAGUUCGACGCCAGGCGACGCGACGGCUAGCAGCUCGCCACAGAGUCCGCAGGAUAACAUUCACCUUCCUCCACCUCCACUUCCUGGUCACCCAGCAGCGGCCUACCAGACCGUGAAGAGGAAGGGAACCGCUGGUUCCGAGGAGCUCGAGGGUAACCUGGCCACCCUCGGAGGUCGGCCGAGAUCGGUCGAAGGUUUUCCAGCCGAGCUAAGGGGCGCCAGAAGGCGAAGGUCAGACAAUCAGGAACUUCUGGAUGACGAUGAUUCCAGUAUCUAUCGAACGGUCACCUUAUUCUCCACUCACGUGUACAAACGAGCAGCCCAAGAGAUGACCGACGUGAACACCUCGAGGACGAUUCAAGUGGUUGCCCCGGGUGACGUGAACUUUGCCCUGGGCACGACGAACUCCAGCAACGAUACAACUGUGGUCAUUCAAAACGCCAGCGCGCCCGCCGAUCCCGAAACGAUUUGCAUGAGUUUGCCAGGUUUCGUCGGCGGUCUGGUGAUGCUUCUGUUGGUGGUGGUUGUCGCCUCGCUGGUCGCGGCGUUCCUCUUUGUCAGGGUGCGCGCUGUCGACCGGAAAAACGUCGGUGUGGCCGGAAGUGGCUUCGUACAUCCGGCUUAUGCAACGGAGAACUGCAGUAUGCCGAAUCCAGAAUUCGUGAAAGUGGCCAACUGAGAGAUCGCGAGAUACUGGGACUCGGUGAAGAACCAUAGAAAGCGAUUUCUCGAGGAUGGCCGAUCACGAGGAUCAACCUGUGCUUGGAAUUGUUUAUUUCAUUUUCACGCUCGAGGUUACCUCGAACAUUCUUUUCGUUCUCUUUCGUCGUUCUUUCGAUCUGUCCUUUCCUCCUUCAUCCCAGCCUCAUCUCUUUCAGAUUAAAAACUCAAUCGAACACGUGAUCUUUACCGACCGAGUCUGCUUCGAAGAACGGGCAGAAUGUUCGGGUACCGUGUAAAUAAACGCAGUAGAAAAGCGAUUCUGCAAGCGAGAAAGAGAGAGAGAAAAAGAAAAAGGAGAACGAAUCAAAGAAUAGCUAGAACGAAGAUGUUGGAGCACGUUCCACCUGUUUGUUAGUCCUUUCACCGUUACGGGGGCCAUGCACGCGACGCUAUUUCGACAAACUUUUAAUUGCAACUCAUUCGAGAAACUUUUUGAUAUGUUGUACUUUUAAUACUUCUUAAAGCUCGGUGUGUAAUACACGACGUGUAACACGAGUGUAAACUCGAGAAGAAUAAAAAGAAAUUUCAUUUCUUGGAUCACGGUGGAACGUGCUUCAACAUUGUACGUUUCGAACCGGACUUCGUGAUACGUCGUGAUCGUUGUUAGGAACAAAGAUAGCUUAAUCACGGAGUAAAUGAAUAAAAAAAAAAGAAAUCGCGAUGUGUUACGAGACGAAGGUUCGUCGGCGAUCGCCAGAGCAAUCUCGGAGGGCAUUGUAAAUAAGCCGGAAGUAGUCAGACGGCCCUUCAAGACCCGCGAGUUUCAAUCACACAAUCGUGUGCACUCGAUUAUUUAUGUUUGUUUGUAUACAACGAAAGGUAUUCCCUCUUUUUUCUUUCUUCCCAACAUCAUCGUACCUCAUGCCUUUUCGUGUCGUCUUUAAAAAUCGUGAUGACGAUGAUCGAAGACGAUUUUAUUUAUUCUUCUUCUUUAUUACAUUUUUUCUAACUACCCUUUCGAUCGAUCUAACCCUUAAUUUAUUUAUCAAAAUUUUCUUUCGCGACGAUAGUUUCUCUUCUUCCACGUUUUUUUUUUUUUUUCAUUCUUUCUUAGUCCUUCUUACCUUUCCCUCGCUUAGUAUUUAAGCAAAUAUUCCUCGAACAGGGGAAUAUGUUCGAAGUAUGUGUCUUAAGCACACAACAGGACACGCAUACACAAUUGUACACUUUGUGUUGGACGUGAACGUACUUAUACACGAAUGGUGCACGUGUGCGUGAGUUACAAUUUGUAUACACUGUUAUGAUGGCGCGAGGAAUGUAUACACUAAGACAAGAUUUGAUUAUUUCAUAAUUAUUUUAAUUACAUACUCAUUUUUAUUUAUACAA